GAGUUGGUGUCGAUGACAUGUUCAUCAUGAUUGCUACCUGGGAGCAAAGCUCAAGGAAAAAAGAGAAAUCCAAUAUUAAAUCUCUGCUGGCCGAGACUUACGCAGAAGCAGCACUUUCUGUCACCAUCACCACUCUCACAGAUGUUUUGGCCUUCUUCAUUGGCACCUGGACUGCUUUUCCGUCCGUGAGAUCGUUUUGCCUCUAUACAGGCACCGCUUUUGUCUUCUGCUAUUUAUAUACCCUGACCUUCUUUGGGGCAAUUAUUGUAUUAAAUCAUAAAAGGGAGCAAGGAAACCGGCACUGGCUAACUUGUAUGCCUGUGGGAGUAGAUGAGGAUCGGGCGGACAAGUCCUGCUUGUACAAUGCUUGCUGUAUAGGCAGCUGUUCUAGGCAGUCCUCUCAGCCAGGAAGUGAACAUCCAAUGAGCGUAUUCUUCAGAAAGUACUACGGCCCUUUCUUCACCAAUAAAUGGAUCAAGCUGCUUGUGGUGGUGCUGUACGCAGCGUAUUUGGGUGGCAGCAUUUAUGGAUGUACUCAGAUCAGGGAAGGCAUCGAUCUUCGAAAUCUGGCGAGUGAUGGCUCCUACGUUAUUCCAUACUAUGACGACGAGGACAAAUACUUCUCAGCGUAUGGACCCAGGGUGAUGGUUGUCAUUACGGAAAGUGUAGAUUACUGGAAUGAGACUGUUCGUCUUGGCAUUGAGAACUGCACACAGAAUUUAGAGGGCAUUUCCUAUGUAGAUAAGAACCUCUCAGAGUCAUGGCUGAGAGCAUACACAACAGCUGCUCAAAGUGGUUGGAUAAAUAUAAGCAAUAAGACUCUUUUCAUUAAUAACUUGCCUAGCCUGUUCCGCUUUGUUCCCAGCUUUGAGUGGGACAUUAACAAGACUCAGGAUGAAAUAGAAGCUUCACGUUUCUUCAUCCAGACAGUGAACGUGACCUCAGCCGUUGAUGAGAAGAAUCUUCUCAAUGAGUUAAGAGAGACGGCCGAGCAGUGCAGUAUUCCGUUAAUGGUGUACCACCCAGCGUUCAUCUACUACGAUCAGUAC